CCUUUCUUUCUCUCCCCACCACCCCCGUUCUUGUUGUUGUUGUUAGAAAGCCUUCUUGCACCCCCUGGUGCUCUUGCGUUUUGUGUGUGGUAGGCAAGGAGAUUGUCUUCUCUCUCCCUCUCUCGCUCCCUCUUGGUUGCUCAUUAUUCAGAGAGAGACACACAGAAGGGUUGAGUGAGAGAGAGAGAGAGAGAGAGAGAGACGGAUAUCUCAGGUCAUCUGCAGCUGCAGCAAGCCAGUGAAGGAGCGAGGGAGAGGGGGAGAGAGAGAGGGGAGGGAGAGGAGAGAGAGAGAGAGAAAAAAAAAAGCAGGGAAAAAGAUGGCGAUCCUCCAUUGCUGAGACCUGGCAAGGAGCACAUGAGAACCUCAGCAAAGAGAGAAAAAGAAAGGAGCAACUUCCACAACAAUUGCAAGAAGAAGAAGAAGAGGAGCCAGAGGCAGGAGCAGAAAGGGGAAAGGACCCAGCCGCCGCCACCACCAGCAACCGGGACCUUCCUGAAAUGGACGAUUUGAGGAAGUUUCAUAGAUUCUUUUCAUAGAUUCUCCAGAGACAGACAGAGAGUGAGAGACCUGGGCUCAAAAGGACAUAUUUCCCCCACUGCUUCUUUUAUAGUUUCAUUUUUGAAACCAACCCCUUUUAGAUGUAACUUUUGGGUUGAACUUCAUGGCCUUCAAGAGGCUGCCUCAGUUGACCAAAGACGUGCUUUAUUUUUUGUGUGUGGAGAAAAUGGAAUAGCUAAAUAUCUGAUGAGCCUGGCAGUGUUCUUCUGCAGAAUGACAUGAAAUCAAUGUCAAUCAAGCAAAUUUUGUGUUAGCCUUGCAGUGGACAUUCCAAUUGAGGGUAUCUUCUGGAAGUGUUGCAAUUUUGGCUUUCCUGAUGUAAAACUUACCAAUAAGGACUAUGGAGGUGCUGCAGUGUGAUGGCUGCGAUUUUCGAGCACCAUCCUACGAAGAUCUUAAAGCUCACAUUCAGGAUGUUCACACGGCGUUUUUGCAACCCACAGAUGUCGCUGAGGAAACUCCUAGCCAGUCAAGGUUUAGCUCUAUGAAUAGCAAUGACCAGGCUGAGGUGGAAUAUUCUUCUGUAAAAGAUGAAUUUGGAAUUACGGAUGAGAUAGCAGGACAAAAUGCAGCUCAGCUGGGGACUGGAAAUUAUUACAGCCAUAGCCAGAGUUAUUAUGGCCAGCAUAUGCUCUCCAAGCCAGCGAGCAAGUUUUUCCAGUGCAAAUUCUGUGUGCGUUAUUUCAGAUCCAAAAACCUACUCAUAGAGCAUACGCGGAAAGUGCAUGGUGCUCAGGCGGGAGGAUCUCCAGCUGGAUCGCCCGGUACUAGCUCCUUAAAUUACAACAUUAUGAUGCACGAGGGCUUUGGUAAGGUUUUUUCUUGCCAGUUCUGCACCUACAAGUCUCCGAGGCGUGCGAGGAUUAUUAAGCACCAGAAGAUGUACCACAAAAACAGCCUGAAGGAGAGCUCCACCCCUCCCGCCGCUUCAGCUGCUAUAUCUGAAUCGGCAUCGACAUCUGUGCCAGUACAGGACUCUUGCAAGGAACUCCCAGCCGAAGUUGUAGAACGCAGUAUUUUGGAGUCUAUGGUCAAGCCUUUGACCAAGUCGAGAGGGAACUUCUGCUGCGAAUGGUGUAGCUACCAGACGCCCCGAAGGGAACGCUGGUGCGACCAUAUGAUGAAAAAGCAUCGCAGCAUGGUGAAAAUAUUGUCAAGCCUGAGGCAGCAACAGGACGGGACCAACAUGCCAGACGUAUCAAGCAAGGGUCCACCAAGCCCCACUCCAAACACCAACUACAUCCCUAUGAAUGCCUCUGGGCGGGAGAUGCCGAAUGCAAACCUCCCAAACUACAGAGGCUCUAUGAACAAUUCUCUUGUCAGGUCCAACACUUCUACUUCUUCAAAGUUUUCUUCUGUUUCUUACCCUCACAUGAAACACAAAGCACCUCACAACUCUGGCAUUGUUAAUUUGUCGGACAGGUCUCGCUACGCGAUGGCCGACAUGGCAAAUUCUUCCGCCGAUAUGGAUACAAACAGUAUGCUCAAUGACUCCAGUUCUGACGAUGAGCUAAAUGAACUAGACAGUGAAAAUGGGUUGAACUCCAUGGAUCACCAAACCUCAGGGCUAACUGCAGAGCAACUGAUGGGGUCUGAGGGCCACAAGUUACUGGAAACAAAGGGGAUCCCCUUUAGGAGGUUUAUGAAUAGAUUCCAGUGCCCCUUCUGCCCUUUCCUUACCAUGCAUCGGCGGAGCAUUUCCCGCCAUAUUGAAAACAUCCAUCUGUCUGGAAAGACAGCAGUAUACAAAUGUGAUGAAUGUCCAUUUACUUGCAAGAGCUCGUUCAAACUCGGAGCUCAUAAACAGUGUCACACCAGUGCAGCGUCCGACUGGGAUGCAGUGAAUUCCCAAACAGAAAGCAUAGCUUCUUCGCUAAAUGAAAGCACAGUAUCCUACGAAGGGGGCAAUAUAAAUGGCAGGAAGUCUGGUGGGUUAAUGGAUUCCAUGGGGCAGCAGCAGCAACAAUCUCCGCAGUCCAACUCGCAGCAUCCAUAUAAGUGUACCAUGUGCAAUUAUUCCACAACUACUUUGAAAGGUCUCCGGGUUCAUCAGCAACACAAGCACUCGUUUUGCGACAACUUGCCAAAAUACGACGGCCCAUCCUCAAAUACUCCACAAGACAGUGAGCCUGAUGCUCACGCCUCUCCCAGCACCGUGAAGAAAAGUCAGACCUCAAUUCUUGGGCUGUCUUCUAAAAACAACUUCGUAGCUAAAGCCUCUCGGAAGAUGUCCAGUGACUUUCCGCUCGAUCUUUCACCAGUGAAGAAGAGAACUAGGAUCGAUGAGAUAGCUAGCAAUUUGCAAAGCAAAAUCAGUCAAAACAAGCAACAGGAAGAUGCAGUGAUUAACGUAGAGGAGGAGGAGGAAGAAGAAGACGACAAUGAAGUGGAGAUAGAAGUUGAGCUGGACAAGGAAGAAGAACAAGGAGAGCCGCUGAUGGAAAUUGCAACAUUUGCUUCCCAGCAAAUGUGGGGAAGAGAUACCAUCGAGUCUCAGAAAGAGCCCAACUACAGGAGCAUUGGCCAUGAUUACAAUUCCACCAAUGGGGCAGAAAUUGAGCUAACUAUAUCUGAGGAUGAAGAGGACUAUUAUUGUUCUUCAAUUGGCUUGAAAGACCAAGGUCUGAAUUCAUCUGCUUUGGGCAGCCAGUCCAGUAUAUAUGGAUCUGACCAAAACAAUGAAAAUUCUGAUUAUGGUGACUCCGGAAGGCUUUACUAUUGUAAACACUGUGACUUCAGCAACAAAUCCGCCAGGAGUGUUAGCACUCAUUAUCAACGGAUGCAUCCAUACAUUAAAUUCAGCUUUAGGUAUAUCCUGGAUCCCAAUGAUCACAGUGCGGUGUACAGGUGUCUCGAAUGUUACAUUGAUUAUACAAACUUUGAAGACCUGCAGCAGCACUAUGGGGAGCACCAUCCUGAAGCCAUGAAUGUACUAAAUUUUGAUCAUUCCGAUUUGAUCUACCGCUGCCGUUUCUGCUCUUACACUAGCCCGAAUGUUAGGAGCCUGAUGCCACAUUACCAAAGAAUGCACCCAACAGUUAAAAUUAACAAUGCAAUGAUAUUCUCCAGCUAUGUGGUUGAACAGCAAGAGGGCUUAAGUUCAGAGUCGCAGACUCUCAGAGAGAUCUUGAACUCCGCUCCGAAAAGCCUGGCCUCUCCAGCUCCCGUUGCCCGUGGGACUGGCGUACCUGCUGCUUUUAACAAAAAUUCUCCGAAGAGUAAUAGCCCAGAAUCCGAAAGCCAGAAGGAGUCGUCAGUAAACAGCGUUGUGGUUUAUGACUGUGAUGUCUGCUCGUUUGCAAGCCCUAACAUGCAUUCUGUCUUAGUUCAUUACCAGAAGAAACACCCUGAAGAGAAAGCUUCGUACUUCAGGAUUCAGAAGACGAUGCGUGUCGUGUCUGUUGAGAGGGGCUCUGCUCUGGCUCAGAUGGCUUAUGAACUGGGAUCGCCCAUCUCCCCCAAAAUGUCCAAUAUGGCUUCACAACUGCCACCUCCACCACCUCCAGACCUUACGACUGAGCUUUACUACUGCAAACAUUGCUCUUACAGCAACCGCUCAGUGGUUGGCGUGCUUGUGCAUUACCAGAAAAGGCACCCAGAAAUAAAAGUGACUGCUAAAUACAUAAGGCAGGCACCUCCCACUGCAGCAAUGAUGAGAUCUGGAGAGAUCCCUCCUGGUGUUCCCAGGCCACCAGCAUCUAUGCAACAGCUUAACCGGGGCAACUCUGAGAGUGCCGCCUCGGAGAAUGAGAUGUUCUUCUGCCAGCACUGUGAUUAUGGAAACCGGACUGUGAAAGGCGUGCUCAUACAUUACCAAAAGAAGCACCGCGAUUUCAAAGCCAAUGCAGAUGUAAUUAGGCAGCACACAGCCACAAUCAGGAGCCUUUGUGAUCGUGGCCAGAAAAACUCCCCCGGCGGCAUGCAGACUCCCGCUUCCAACGCCGAGCGAGAGAAGGCUAAGCUGAGAGCUCUCAAGUGCAGGCAGUGUUCUUACACCUCUCCUUAUUUCUACGCACUUAGGAAGCACAUUAAAAAGGACCACCCGAGCUUGAAGGCCACAGUCACCUCUAUUUUGCGAUGGGCAUUUUUGGAUGGCUUAAUAGAAGCCGGGUAUCAUUGUGAGUGGUGCAUCUAUUCUCACGCCGAACCCAGCGGCUUGCUUGUGCAUUACCAAAGGCGACAUCCUGAGCAUUAUGUUGACUAUACAUACAUGGCGACAAAGCUCUGGGCAGGGCCAGAUCCUUCGCCUCCAGCCUUACUGAUCCCAUCAGAGAUGAAGACAUAUAAAUGCAGAGACUGCAUUUUUGAAGCAUCUUCCAUUUGGGACAUUACUAAUCACUACCAAGCUUUUCAUCCCUGGGCUAUGAAUGGAGAUGAGUCUGUAUUACUAGAUAUUAUCAAGGAGAAAGAUGCAGCCGAUAAAGCCAUCCCAACAGCCAACGAUGCUGGAGCCAGGGUCAAUUCGGAGGGCCAGAUGGCCGGGCCACAUGUGGACCAGGAUGCAGAAUAUGCAGAGGAUACAAACCUGGUCCAGGACAAAGCUAUCCAGCUCACCUCUGCAAACCCUGCAAUCUCAUCAACGCCAUACCAGUGCACAGUGUGCCAGUCGGAGUACAACAAUUUGCAUGGACUUCUGACCCACUAUGGCAAAAAGCACCCUGGGAUGAAAGUUAAAGCUGCAGAUUUUGCACAAGACAUAGAUAUUAACCCAGGAGCUGUGUACAAAUGUAGGCAUUGCCCGUACAUUAAUACACGCAUUCACGGUGUUCUCACACACUACCAGAAAAGGCACCCCCUGGUGAAGGUCACCGCGGAAGAUUUUGUGCACGAUGUGGAGCAGCCAAAUGACAUGAACCAGAAUGAGGUGGAGGAGACCAGCAGAAUUUUCAAGCAAGGAUACGGCGCUUACAGGUGUAAAUUGUGCCCUUACACGCACGGCACGCUAGAGAAGCUCAAAAUCCAUUACGAGAAAUACCACAACCAGCCUGAAUUUGAUGUGUUUGCACAGUCUCCUCCUAAGCUGCCGGCCUCUGUGGAGCCUGAAGUCGUCGCUGAGAUUAAGCCCUCUCCAGAAAUCUCUCCGGAGGAGAUCAUUGGAGACGAUUCGGUGCCUCCUUCGCACUUCUCGAGUUCCCACCUGGUGUCCCACACGGUGUUUCGGUGCCAGCUCUGUAAGUAUUUUUGCUCCACCAGGAAAGGGAUCGCUAGGCACUACCGGAUAAAACACAACAACGUCCGGGCCCAGCCGGAAGGGAAGAACAACCUUUUCAAAUGCGCCUUGUGCUCCUACACGAACCCUAUCCGUAAAGGCUUGGCUGCGCAUUACCAGAAGCGCCACGACAUCGACGCCUACUAUACGCACUGCUUAGCUGCUUCGAGGACUGUCAGCGACAAGCCCAACAAAGUGAUCAUCCCGUCGCCCCCGAAAGAAGAUUCCCCCCAGCUAAGCGAGGAGCUGAGGAGGGCAGUGGAGAAGAAGAAGUGUUCUCUCUGCUCUUUUCAGUCCUUCAGCAAAAAGGGAAUCGUCUCGCACUACAUGAAGCGACACCCAGGCGUGUUCCCCAAGAAGCAGCACGCCAGCAAGCUGGGGGGCUACUUCACCGCCGUGUACGCGGAUGAGUACGAGAGGCCGCAGGCUCCGCCGGAGGAGAGGAAUGAGUUGGAGAAGCCAGAAGUGGAGGUGGAGGCUCCCGAAAUGGAGUGGCUCCCUUUCCGCUGCGUCAAGUGCUUCAAGCUCUCCUUCAGCACAGCCGAGCUGUUGUGCUUGCACUACACCGAUCACCACAGCAAGGACCUGAAGAGAGACUUUGCCAUACUGGGGAGCGGCCCCCGUUUCCAGAACCCCAUCUUCCAGUGCCGGCACUGCGACAGCAAGCUGCAUAGCAUGGCGGAGCUGACCUCGCACUUGAACAGCCACAACGAGGAAUUCCAGAAGCGUGCCAAACGCCAAGAGAGGAGGAAGCAGCUUCUGAGCAAGCAAAAAUAUGCAGAUGGUGCUUUUGUAGAUUUCAAACAAGAGAGGCCUUUUGGUAAUGUGGAAGAAGUUUCAAAACUGAAGGAGAGGAAAGUGGUGGGCUACAAGUGUAAAUUUUGUGUGGAAGUUCAUCCAACCCUUCGCGCUAUCUGCAACCAUCUUCGUAAGCACGUUCAGUACGGGAAUGGCUCCUCGGUGUCUGCUGCAGUCAAGCAGGAAGCUGAAGAUCCUUCAAAUGCAGCUUUCUUGGAGGGUGUUGAGGGACCCAAAGACCCUGGCAGUGUUUCCACUGUGGAACUUGCAGAAGCUGAAUCUGGACCAUCACUGGAAGAUGAAACCAGGCCUGGUGGCUACCACUGCAGCCAGUGUGACCGGGUUUUGAUGUCUAUGCAGGGUCUACGAUCGCACGAGAGGAGUCACUUGGCAUUGGCCAUGUUUACUCGCGAAGACAAGUACAGCUGCCAGUAUUGUUCCUUUGUCUCUGCUUUCAGGCACAAUUUGGAUCGCCAUAUGCAAGCCCACCAUGGACAUCAUAAACCAUUCCGCUGCAAACUCUGCCCUUUCAAGUCCUCCUAUAACAGCCGGCUGAAAACUCACCUACUCAAAGCUCAUGCUGGUGAACAUGCCUACAAAUGCUCCUGCUGCUCAUUUUCCACCAUGACAAUCAGCCAGCUGAAAGAGCACUCCCUGAAAGUGCAUGGGAAGGCACUGACACUACCAAGACCACGCAUUGUCAGCCUUGUAACCUCGCAUGCUCAACAUGCCUCCAUGAACCACACUACCGCUGAAGAAGUGGAAGACUCUAAUGAUUCUUCCUACUCAGAACCCCCUGAUGUCCAACAGCAAUUGAACCACUACCAGUCGGCAGCUCUGGCAAGGAACAAUAACAACAUUAGCCCUGUCCCGCUUUCCGGAGCAGACCAGAAAACUGAAGCCAUCCUUAACUGUGAAUUUUGUGAAUUCUCCUCGGGUUAUAUCCAGAGCAUUCGCCGUCAUUACCGUGACAAACAUGGAGGGAAGAAGCUCUUCAAGUGUAAAGAUUGCUCCUUUUACACAGGCUUUAAAUCUGCUUUUACUAUGCACGUGGAAGCUGGGCAUUCAGCAGUUCCUGAGGAAGGACCCAAAGAUCUCCGCUGUCCUCUCUGUCUUUACCACACCAAAUAUAAACGGAACAUGAUUGACCAUAUCGUCCUUCAUAGAGAAGAGCGAGUGGUUCCCAUAGAAGUGUGCCGUUCCAAGCUGUCCAAAUAUUUGCAGGGAAUCGUUUUCCGCUGUGACAAGUGUACCUUCACGUGUUCCAGCGACGAAAGCCUACAGCAGCACAUAGAGAAGCACAAUGAGCUGAGACCUUACAAAUGCCAACUCUGCUACUAUGAGACCAAGCACACGGACGAACUGGAUGUUCACCUUCGAGAUGAGCAUAAGGUGAGUCGCAAUUUUGAGCUGGUUGGACGGGUUAACUUAGAUCAGUUGGAACAAAUGAAGGAAAAAGAGGAGAGUUCCAGCAGCGAUGAGGAAGAGAAGGAAGAGGAGAUGAGCCCCAAGAGUGAAGCGAGAGGGUCCAUGAGGUUCUCAGAGAAUGGACCACCAGAAAAACGUUUCCCCUGUGAAUUUUGUGGCCGGACGUUUGCAGAGGGCUCAGAGUGGGAGCGGCACGUGCUGAGGCACGGCAUGGCUGUGAACGAAACCAAGCGGGCGAUUGUUGAAGAUAGCCAGCCGAAAGAGGAGGCAGAGGAGAAUGUUACGGUACCACUGGCAGAAGAGAUGGAAAGCAGCGCGGAAAUCGUGGUGGACUUUUCCCACAAGAACGAAACUGCUGUCUGUAUUGUUGUCGCUGCUGCUGCUGCUGAUAAAUCACUCCAAGAGGACGCAGAGGCCAAAAGCGAAUGAGCACCUGGUGUGAUUUCAAACAACCUACUUGAACAGUGAUGGAUGGGACGGGGUGGGGUGGGGACGGGGGGGCGAGGAAGAAUCAAAGCUGCUUUUAGGACUGAAUGAUCUAUUUUCAAAGCACUGGUACCUGUGUGUGUGCGCGUGCGUGUGUGCGUGUGUGUGUGUACAUAUAUUAAUUUUAUUUAAUUGAGGACUAUGUGGCUCCAGUACCAUCUCUGCAACUCUUCUGGAUCUUGACAAUGGGAAGUUUUUGUUCAUUUGGACUUGAGAAGCAAACUCCCAAAUAUUCCUCGCGUUAUGCCGCCGUGCUUUGCCCUGGAGACUUCGGAUUGUUUCGAGGACGGAAGAAGCGUCACGAGGAUGGAAGAUGUAGAGGACAACUUUCCGGCGCACAAAUGUGGGCGCCUUUUUUUCUAGUUUUAAUAAACAUAUUAUGCUUUUUCCAGACUGACUGACUUGCUUUAGAAGAAAGAAAGAAAGAAAGAAAGAAAGAAAGAAAGAAAGAAAGAAAGACUGCUUAAAACAGUCACCUGUUUCCUAGUACCUCAGAAUUAACCAAGGGAAAUAAAAAAAAAAAAAUACAAAUCUCUGCAUUUGUCUGUACUACCUGUUGUCAUUGUGGUUAAAUGUAGAGAGAGAAAGCGAGAGAGAGAGAGACUGAUGGGCAAGAUGGUGAAUGGAAGGGAAAAAACACAACCACAAAGUUUUAACAGAAUGGAAAACAAAAUUGUGCUCAAAAUCCCUGUGGGGGUUUUAUUUCUUAAAAUACUGUGAUUUUUUUAAUUAUUUUAGUAUAAAAAAAAUACAAAAGAGAGAGAGAGAGAGAGAGUUCCUAGAUACCUGUCUGUGGCUUGUCAUCUUUUAUUCCAGGUAAGCUGUUAGCGUUCAGCUAUUAUUUCAAAGUCAUGUGACUUGACUCUGUGCCGUUCUUGUUUUGCCCCAUGUCUAUGUCUGCUCAGCCUGAGGGAUUGCAAAUACAGCACAAUUAAGGGUUUUUCUUUCCCCAUGUAAAGUAAUGUUAUUCCCCCCCACCCUGCUCCACCCACCCAAGAGAUGGCGUUGGGAAGGAAUAUUAGUUAUUGUGAAUAGAAUUGUGUUUCUCCCCCCUUUUUUUUAAUUUUUAACAUGUGGAAUUAGCAGAGAAGUAACGUUUUCUUUUUUAAAAAAAAAAAGACAGAAACAAACAAAAAAAUAACCCCGUUAAACUAAAGAACCAAACUUACAGCACAGCUAUGCAGGUUGUGGACCAAUCAGACAGGUCCUCAUAAUCAUUCUGUUGCUUGUCAAAUUGAACAUCUCUCACUGGUUAUUAUUUUGGUUAUUAAGAACGGUUGCCUUUUUCCUUUUUUCCUUUUUUUUUUUUUGUAUGUGACGUGUCUCGUUUUGGGGGGAGGAGGGGGGAGCUGAUUGAAAAACACGUCAUUUUGAAAGCUUGAGGUGACCAAUUUCUGUGCUGUUGGGGGCCUGGAGAUCUCUUGGUGGAUUUCAAGGUGAGGGUCUAUAAACUUAAUGGUAUCGCCUCCCGUUAGCUCUUCGCAUGAGAAAAAAACAGCGUAGCGUAAAUAGGAAUUUGCACACGUGGAGAUGGAGAUUGUGUUCCUUAUUCAUGCAAAAAAAAGUCUUGUGUGAACGUGAGAACACAAGCUCGGGACCCACGGGUGAUGGUCUGAUUGUGAACAAAUGGGUUUCUAUCCAAAAAGUAGAAAGUACUUGACUGAAACCUAGUUUUAGAAAUGCAUGUGUCUCUUGGGUUGUUUUGGUUUCCUUUUCCUUUUUCAUUUUUUGUUUGGCGCUUUUUUAAACCGGGGGGGUAUGGGGUGGGGUUAGGGGGGUUGGGAGACAGGAAAUUGCUGAGAAGUCAGUAUCCAACAGAACUUCUCAUCAAAUUGAUGGUGGAAAAAAGAAAAGAAAAGAAUAAUACUGUUGCAUUUGUGGAAUAAGUGCUACUCGAAAAGCAUGGUGUUUUGAUUUUGAGGAUUUGUGGGGUGGGAUUUUUAUUUUUAUUUUCUACUUUUUAUUUGGAGGGAGGGAGAGUCAUGUGGAAAACACAUUGAAAGGACAAGUAUAAAUACACAUUUUGUGUCUGAAUGUUUUCUUUUUAAUUGGCCUCAUUUCAAAUGUAUUUAAACAGUUCCAUACCUGGAUUGGGUGUUUUGUAAUGGUUACCAAAAAUGAAAAAGAUGAAAAAAAAUAAAUGAUUGUGACAUGCUUUUAUCACUACUUUAUUUUUCAAAUAACAUGUAAAUAUUGUAAUCCAUUGGAUUUGUUUUGUUUUGUUUUUUGCUAACCUGUUAAUAAAUAUAUGGGACCAUUAUCCUUUUUAACAAGUCUAGAAUGUCAUAUUUUUUUCUUGUGUCCCCCCCCCCUUCCCAAAUGUAUACCUUGAUAUAUUGUGGACACACAUUUUAGAUGCAUUAUUAUAAUUCUGUUGGCUGUAAUGAUGACCUAGGAUUGAGAAUAACAUUUUUUUUCCAUUUGUUUAAUUUAUACAGAGGACUUUUUCAGAGUUUGACAGAAGGAAAUAAAUAGCGAAAUGAUAA